AUGGCGCGCACCAGGCUCAAGAAGAGAGAGAGAGAGAGACUUCGGCGGGAGGAGGCCGAGCGCGAGGAGAAGGAGCGCCUCGCGCGCAAGCAGCGCGUCGAGGCCAUCAUGGCGCGCACCAGGCUCAAGAAGCUUCAGAGAGAGAGAGAGAGAGAGAGACUUCGGCGGGAGGAGGCCGAGCGCGAGGAGAAGGAGCGCCUCGCGCGCAAGCAGCGCGUCGAGGCCAUCAUGGCGCGCACCAGGCUCAAGAAGCUUCAGAGAGAGAGAGAGAGAGAGAGACUGCGGCGGGAGGAGGCCGAGCGCGAGGAGAAGGAGCGCCUCGCGCGCAAGCAGCGCGUCGAGGCCAUCAUGGCGCGCACCAGGCUCAAGAAGCUUCAGAGAGAGAGAGAGAGACAGAGACUUCGGCGGGAGGAGGCCGAGCGCGAGGAGAAGGAGCGCCUCGCGCGCAAGCAGCGCGUCGAGGCCAUCAUGGCGCGCACCAGGCUCAAGAAGCAACAAGAAGAAGAGAAGAAGCAACAGGAGAGCAAGGCCGCGCCCGCGCCCGCGCCGCUUGACAAUGGGAAUGCGGUCGCCACCGGCGAUCUGCUCGGCCUGCCUACUAGUCAGUCCGCGGAGGCUCCGCAGGCGGCGGAGCCGGCGCGCAACAACGGCAACGCGCACGCCGACCCGCUGGGGCUGUCCCGACCACACGACACUGAGGACACGAGCCAAGAGCAGUCGGUUAAGCCCGUCCCGGAGGCAAGCAACGGCAACCACCCGGCGCGCGUCUCGGCCGCCUUCAUCCAGUCCGAACUUCGGGGCGAAGCCCUAACCAAGGCCGAGGACUAUGCCGCGCACAACGGGCACAACGCGGCGCACCCGCUCACGCUUCAGAACGCCAUCUAACGGCCAGCGGUGGCACUAGCAAGGAUCAUGUCGGCCCAAGGCGUAGAUAUUGGCUGGUUUGUGAAAGGUUAGAUUUGCGGCUGGUUUGUUAAUGAGGGCUAUCGUUUUAGCGCUCACCAGUUUGCGCCACUGUAGAGUAAGGUCCUGUCACUUGCUAGUAGCGAAGACAGUGGCACCAACUGGUGAGUGCUAAAGUGGUAGGAGGACUAUCGCAUUUGCACUCAUAAAGAUGGCGCCACUGUAGAGUUAGGUCCUGUCAAUCGCCAGGGGUGCCAACUGUUAAGUAUAAAAACGAUAGCCCUCAUUAAAAAAGUCUGGCUUGUUCCAUUUUUGAGUUGCGGACAGGUUUUGUUCAGACACUGGCUGGCUUGAUAUUUAAAAAUAAGUCUGGCUUGUUCCAUUUUUGAGUUGCGGUCAGUUUUGUUCAGAAGCACUGGCUGGUUUGAUAUUUAAAAAAAGUCUAGCUUGUUCUAUUUUUGAAUUGCGGUCAGAUUUUGUUCAGACACUGGCUGGUUCGAUGAAGAUAUUUAAAAACAAUAGCGUUGAAUUUCAAUAAAAAAAUACAUGGUCAUGGCGUAGUUAAGAUACUGGUCAUAAACUUCAUUUUUGGGUUUUUACUUUCUACGGAGUUUGAAGGCGUAGUAUUGACUGGUCAGGUAGCAGUUUUAUUUAAAACUUUACUGGAAGAGCCUAUUAGCACAAAAUGGUGAACGAUAGAAAAGUUUCACCAUUUUUGAAGCUGGACAGUCUAAAGCGUAAUAAAAUAAAAAAUGAGUUAAAUUAAAUAUUAAUACGUAAAUGAAAUGCAAAGAAUGAACCAGUGAUCGUGAGUACUUCUUUCUCAGUCGGUACACUCUUGUCAGAGUGGUCGUGGUCAUCAUUUUGAAUCACUAUUCAGAGUGAUGUUCCUCGUAAUACGGCGCCAUUCCCCGCGGACUGCAGCUUUCCGGGUACUUUCGCUAACCGAGCACUUAGUUGCGGCCUUGAUCUGGUCCGUCCAUCUCAUUGGUGAUCUACCACGUGGUCUGGUGCCCUCAACUUUUCCCUGUACUACGAGACGCUCUAUGGAGUCAUUACUGCGCCGAGAUACAGAUCGUGAGUAGGCCCAAGUUAAAUAAUAGGGAUGGCACUUAGUCCUUAGGCUGGAAUUUUUUAUUUUAGACCAAUUACAGACGAAUUUAUUCUUAGUACAGACCAAAGUUUAGGUCAACGACUGACAAGACUACAGCUACCUGACCAGACGAUUAUCGUAAUCUGUGUACUAAUUUUUAUUUUAUUUUGGUGCUGCACAAGUGUUUUACUUUCAAUAAAAAGUGACUUUAUAGUUAAUGUUAGUUGGGUUAGCGGAUUGCCAGUUAUAGUUAUAGAUAUUUAUACGGUUUGAAUAGGAUCAAUGAGUAGGUAGUGCGAAAAAAAUGGCGACGGUUGCACACGCUCGGAUUUAAUGGGUUAAAAUUAGUACAAAAUAAUCUGGGGCAAUAGUGACUCUUUUUAGAACAAACGUCGCUCUAUUGAAAUUAUUAGAAAAGGAUAAAAGAAUGUUGGAUGAAGAGUUUAUGAAGGUGCUAACGAAGUGAAGGAACGAUUCAAUAAAAUAUUUAAAUCAAAGAAAUGAUAAAAUAAAGAGAAAGGUAUGGUAUUUUAUGCCAGAAGGUUUGAAAACAGCCAAUAUGUACGCGUUGUUGGUGAAUGACGCUCUUAUUAAAUAGAUGAAGCAUUGACUGAGCUAAAAUGAACGGAUUUCAUUAAAAAAUUCAAUGGGAAAUAAUUUCCCACUUGUUACAUUAACUGAAGGCUUUUAAAGAAAUGCAGUUUUAGCAAUGUCAAUGCGUAUGAUAUUGAACGGGAAAUGUUGGAAGAACUAAAUUAUAAUAAUUAUUAUAAUUAAUAAUGCAUUUAUAUUGCAACUCCUUGAUUCAACUAAGAUUGAGAUGUAGCUUCUUACCUUGCGUAUAGGCGAAUUACCGAACGUCAUCGCUUCCAAGUCAUUUACAAAUAAAUAAUAUUUUCAUACAGUUAACAUCGCGUUAGCCGGGAGUGUAUCAUUAGGAUCAGGGGAUAUAACAUUAAUGAGUCGUUUCAUUAAAAGUAUCAUUAAUUCGCGUUUGAUGUUAUCACGAUAGGUUGUGUAUAAUAUACCGUGUAGCAGCGGUUUGUAUUAAAUUCGUGUAAAUUAUAAGUUUCUAUUUAUUGUGAUGUUUUUUAAUCCAUGCCGGUAGAAAUCAAUUGCUUUCCUCGUCGUACUGUGGGAGGGAGAGGAAGGCGUGUGAGAGCGGGAUAGAAUAUGUAAUGAAUUGCGUCCGAUUUUUUCGUGCGUUGGAAAAUGCACCUUACGGCUCAGCUUGAGUACUGAUUCGCUUGGACUAUGAUGUAGCAACGAAGACAAUUCGAAAGCAAAAGAACGUGUACAAUGUAUGCUGAAGUUUAUAAACGGUUACCAAAUCAGUUUGUCGAGUUUUAAAAGUUUGUUUAAUAAGAUGUUUCCAUCGCAAAUAUAUUUCCAUAACCGUGUAUAAACUUGUUUGCGAGAUGCCUUAUAAAUGAGAGCUCUGAAUGAUUUGUUACAUAAUGUUGUUUGGAAAUAGUCUUUAGAUUUACGUCAAUUUGAACAGCUUGAUUUGGUCGGCUGAUCUACCUUAAAAAGCAAUAUUUGCAAUAUUGAUUUACGUUUUCAAAACAUAUCAUUCUCAGAAUGCUUGUUCAAAAUAUACAGAUCAAACUCCCCUCCUAAUUUUUUUACAAUUCCUUAAUUAUUUUUUUCUAAACUCAAUCAACUUGUGAAAUAAAACAGAUGCCAUGAGCGUAAAUAAAUAUUGUAAUGAUUACUUGGUCGCUCUCACAAACGCACUACUUGUGAUGAAAGUUAAUGUAUCACCAAUAUAAAAAUAUAAGAGCUUUUUGAAACUAUCUUCUAUUUUAUGAAAAUCAAUAGAACGAUUCAAACUUUACAGAUGAUAAUAUGAAUGUCAUAUUAGUACAAAAAAUAAAACAAACAAAUAAUGAUGAUAAACUUCCUAAAAAUCUAUGAAAUAGUUAAAAUAACAGAUAGUUUGAAAAGGCCAAGCUGUGUUAAGCAAGCCAAGAUAUCCUAAAAUGGAAUCCAAUAAAUAAUAAUAUCAAUAAGUUAUUUAACAAUCACUUUAUACGACAAUUGUAUGAUAAGUAGUUAGCGUUACAAAAUAAUAAUUAUUAAUAACAAUUUAUUCUUAUAUUUCCAUUAAUUCAUGCAGUUUUUUUGUCAUUUAAUUUUUGUUUUCCACUAAUAUUUUUUUGCUAGUUUUAGGUUCUUAUUAUUAUGCGUUGUGAUGCUCAUUCAAUAUCGUGGUCAAAUAAACUUUUUUGGUAAAAUAUAAUACAUAAAUAACCUUAAUAUAUUUACUGUUCUGCUGCUUCCAAUAAAAUACAUCACUCAGUUACUCUGCGUUUCAAAAAGUGGUAUUACUGAAUGAUAUAAUGUGAACAAAAAAGUAUAUUUAUCCAUCAAAGGUCCUCUUAUAUGUACGACUUUAUAUUUCAAACAAAAGUUUACUCUAAUACUUAUGUAAAAUACUAUUAUUGUGUUUAUGCAAUACACAACUAAAAACCUUGCUAAAUAAAGUCGUUUUCAGUUAAAUUUAUAUUAGAACUUGUUCGAAAACUAUAGAACUGAGGCCUUAUUCACAUAUUUUGCCAAUAGGAAAUAGGUGAAUAUUUGUAAUUGAUCUGCGAUACGCGUAGGUAGAUAAACAAUUGUAUCAAGCUAUUUCAUAGCCUAAUAAGUCUUUGUUAAAUAUUUUUAUCUGUCGUAGGCUCCGUUUGACUUACCUGAGAUAUUGUGAGGGCGUGGCCAAAAAAGAUUAAUUAAAAAAGUACAUGAGAAGUCUUUUUUGAAGUGUUUAAAUCAAUGAUGUCUCAUGACGUCAUAAUAUUUACAGAAUAUUUGUCUGUCUGACAGCUCAUAGGUUUACUUACUGACCAAACAUGACUAACAUUCCUAUGUGGUAUAAAUUUUUCUCCUACCCUACGCAACUAUCUCAGGAAUUGUCCCAAACGGCAGUUAUUAGCUUUUGCAUAAUCUUUAGCUGGAACGAGUAAUGAAUUUAUUGUUAAUUUUACAAAAACAGACAGUAAAGUGGACAAUUUAUUUGAUAUGAUAUGACUGAUCGUUCAUUUUUACAUGUAUAGCUUGUUUUUAUUACUUGUUUCAGAAUGUACUUGCACAGGCUUAAUCUUUUACAUUAUUAGGUAGAAUAUCGGAAUAUUCACUCUCUCUUUGACUAAAUGAAAAUGAUUAAAUUCCUUUUUUUUUCGCUUUAACGGCGGUAGAUAUAAAAAAUGUUCACCAAAAAAAUCAAGUUGCAAAGUUUCAGAGAUAGUGAAAAAUCGAUGCCAUUAUCAUUAUACAUAAAUAAACCAUAUCUUGUACUAUGUAGUCCUCAAUAAAAUAAAUCAGCUUUGUUACUUGAACUUUUAUGUAAAUAUUUAUUUUAAUUUGCCUUUUUCGUCAUUGGGCAUUGCAAAUUAUUGAGAACAAAAUACAGUUCGUAAUUUGUGUACUUCAACUUUCAUGUUGAAAUUAUUCGGAAUGCCUAGAAGUGAAGGUGAAUGAACAAUAUAAUUUUGUAUAGUGUUAUAACUGAGAUAUAUUAUACCAAGAUACUUGGGUCGCUUACUGAGCAUUAGUAUACUAUUUUUCUUUUGCUAUACCAUAUACUUUCAAACGAUAUAAUCAUGUACUUUGAUUAUUUUUUGCGAAUUUUGUAUGGUUGAUUGUAUGAAUAAUUUGCACGAGUGUGAUGGGCCACCUUUAUAAACUGUUGUUUUCGUAGAAUGACUCCCUAUUACAUACUAUAUUAAUAAAACUAUGAUAGCCAUAAUGUAUCAAUAAACUGUUAAAAUAAUCUACGAAAUAUCCAUGCUUAAUAUUUACUCGACAGAGAUCAUGCUACGAAAAUCACAAUAAUAAUUAUUAUUGGUGUAUAAUUGUAUCGUUAACAUAGCUUGUUGCAAUAUUAUUAGCAAUUAUUAUAAAGGCGUUGUAGAUACAUUUUAUAAAUUGACACGAAUAACGGAACCCCAAUAUUCAAAAUGGCGGCCUGUCACUUCGCGUGUGUGCGUGGGCGCGGACGAAGGUUGUUAGCUGUCACUAUAAACAUGUAUGUAAUGUAUUUAUGUAUAUCACUUCAAGACAUGGCUUCUAUGUACGUUCUAUCUAUUCUAUUAUUAUGUUAGCAAUCGAUGGAUUUAUAAGGAAAAAGUUUUAAUAAAAAAUAUGAAAUUUA